AUGUCGAAUUUGGCCAACGGCAUCACACAUACGGCGCAUGGGGUCGGAGAACACGUGUCCUUCCACAUGUUCUUCGACUCCUGGAUCGUGGAGCAAAACCACCAACUCCAAGAACUUGUCUCUGCGGCCUCGGCCUCGGCCUCCGCCUCCGAGGCCAGCGUGCUGAUUCCACUGGUAGUCCAGCACUACGAGCAUUACUACAAGACGAAAUCAAUGUGGGCAAAGAAGGACAUUUUGUCAAUGUUCAGGCCGUCGUGGAGGAGCAGCCUAGAGAAAGCGUACAUGUGGGUGGGGGGGUGGCGGCCCACCAUGACCUUCCACCUACUCUACUCCAAAUGUGGCCUCCAGUUCCAAGACACAGGCAACCUCUCGCACAGUCAGAUGGAGCGCGUGGACAAGUUGCACAAGACUACCUUAUGGAAGGAGAAGAUGAUAACCGAGAAGCUGGCUAAGCUGCAGGAGACAAUGGCCGACUCUUCGAUGGUCGAGUUGACUGAUCACUCUCGACAUGGUGGUGAUCAGGUUGUUCAUCAUCAGGGGCUAGUUGAUGCGGCUCUGGCACCAAAGGAGAAGGGGCUUGUGGGGAUUCUGCAGAUGGCUGAUGAGUUGAGGCUCAACACGCUUAAAGACUUGAUCCUUAUUCUGAGUCCUAUUCAGGGUGUUUACUUCCUUAUUGCUGCGGCGGAGCUCCACCUCAGGAUGCAUGACUGGGGGAAGAAACGUGACGACGACGCUAGCCACAACCACUGCUAA